UACGUCAGCAGAGAGACACAAACAUGGCGGUGUCCAUAGCACGGCUCCCGGCGGUGAACCUGCAAACAUUGGCGUUAACUUUCCUCACGGCGGUGAUUUUCCACCGGAGCAUGGCCGACCUCUCCGUGGGCUCCCCCCCGGCCCCAGAGGAGCCUCCUCACCGCCGCUUCGAGUACAAAUACAGCUUCAAAGGACCGCACCUGUCUCAGUCCGACGGCAGCAUUCCGUUUUGGAUCCACACUGGAAAUGCCAUUCCAAGCGCAGAUCAGGUGCGCAUUACACCGUCUCUCCGGAGUCAAAGGGGGUCUGUGUGGACAAAAAACAGAGUCAACUUUGAAAGCUGGGAGGCCGAGGUGACCUUCAGAGUAACAGGAAGAGGCAGAAUGGGAGCUGACGGUCUGGCUGUGUGGUUCACCACUGAACAAGGCCUCGAUGGUCCAGUUUACGGUGCUGCUGAUAAGUGGAACGGAGUUGGAAUCUUUUUUGACUCCUUUGACAACGAUGGGAAGAAAAAUAACCCAACUAUUCUUGUUGUUGGGAACAACGGCCAGCUUGUUUAUGACCACCAAAACGACGGCACCACACAAGCCCUCGGAACGUGUUUACGAGAUUUCCGCAACAAACCUUAUCCCAUCAGAGCCAAAAUAACGUACUACAAAAAGACACUGACGGUCUUGAUCAACAACGGUUUCACUCCAGAUAAAGAGGACUACGAGUUCUGCACAAAGAUUGAAAACAUGAUCAUUCCUACUGAGGGCUUCUUUGGUAUUUCAGCUGCCACCGGUGGUUUAGCAGAUGACCACGAUGUUUUGUCCUUCUUGUUAUUCAGACUCUCAGAACCAGGCCAGCAACCGCCUCCAGCUGAAGCUGAGAUUCCUAAAGAAGAGAAAGACAAGUACCAGGAGGAAUUUCAAAACUUCCAGCAAGAGCUUGAUAAAAAGAAAGAGGCGUUUCAAAAAGAGCACCCGAACGUUCAAGGGGAGCCGAUUGAGGAUCCGUACGAGAGCGUGAGUGACCGCGAGAUCCGUCAGGUGUUCGAAGGCCAGAACCGGAUCCAUCUGGAGAUCAAACAGGUCAACCGGCAGCUUGCUAUGCUCCUGGACGAGCAGCGCAGAUACGUUUCCAUCGUCACAGAGGAGAUGGCAAAGAAAGGAGGACAUCCUGGGUCAGGACAGCUGGAUUCUGCCAGUCAGCAGCUGGGCUCCAUCGUAGCUGCGCAGCAGGAGGUUCUCAGAAAUCUGAAUGAGAUGAGAAGCUCCUUCCAUGAGUCCCUAAAACAGAUUGGCUCUGCCCAGCACCAGGGGAACGCAGUCGGUAUGGGGACGUACGAAACCAUUCAGCACUUCAACGACAUCAAGGAACAUCUACACACCGUGAAAAGAGACGUAGACCACCUGGUUCAGCGUAACGUUCAGAUCCCUGGUGAUAAGGCUGUGAAGUGCCCCGAGCUGCCCCCCUUGCCUUCCUGCUUGUCCACUGUUCAUUUUGUGGUGGUCAUCGUCGUCCAGUCAGUCUUGUUCUUCUGCUACAUCAUGUACAAAAGUCAACAAGAAGCAGCAGCAAAGAAGUUCUUUUGAUGAUGUGGGUUUAUACGAGAAGUUGUCAGUUUUUCCUAAUUCAGUUCAAUUAUUUUCAGAUUGUAAGUUAUUGUGCAUGGAGAAAAUGGUUUUGUUUAAGAGUUUGUUUUAAUUAUCAGAAGACUUUUAAUUUGAUCAGUAAAUUGUGUAUGAAUGCUAGUGUGAGACUUGUUUCAGCAAGAUAUGUACCAUGUUCCUUACAGUAUUUCUGCCUGGUCAGAACUUCAAAUUUUGUUUUCAGAAACUGAAAUCUGCCUCAGUCCUUAAACAUAAAAAAAAUAUGUUUUAAAAAAAAAAAAAAAAAGUGCAAUGACGGUAUUUUUGUAUAAAAAAGUGUUCAGCGACCCCAACGUCAAGAAUCUGCUGUUUUCUCUUGUGUUGUCAGACGUGCUCUCUGCCUGAACAAAUUACAUAAACUGUUGACAUAA